CACAAGCUCAUUAACAGCCAGUUCAGUUAGAAAAACCGAAAUUUUACACGCAAAAAAAUCUCUCAGAGUGUUCAAUCGAGUUGAACAAAAAUGAAGUUACUCAUUUUUGGUUUAGUUCUUGGCAGUGUCUUCGUUGCUGCAUAUUCCCAGAAGAAGAUGGUGUGCUACUAUGGCACAUGGGCAGUAUAUCGACCAGGAAACGGAAUGUUUGAUGUUGAGAACAUUGACACCAAUCUCUGCACGCACAUUAUUUACGGGUUCACUGGACUCGGUGCCGAUAACACCAUCACGUGCCUCGAUCCUUGGAAUGAUUUUGAUCCUAGUGAGGGAGGUGGAAGAGGAGCAUUGAAGAGAUUCACCGGUUUGAAAAGCAAAAAUCCAUCGAUGAAAGCACUAGUUGCAGUCGGUGGAUGGAAUGAAGGCUCUGAAAAAUACUCAAAGAUGGUAUCUGAUCCUGCCAAAAGAUCCAUUUUUGUCAACUCGGUGGUAAACUUUAUUCGAAAGUACAACUUUGACGGCUUAGACUUCGAUUGGGAAUAUCCAGCUAACCGAGGGGGCGUCCCAUCCGAUAAGCAAAACUUUGUUAGCAUGAUUCAAGAACUGAAAACGGCUUUUGCUCCAUAUGGCUGGAUAUUAACAGCUGCUGUGUCUCCAGGAAAAUCAACAAUCGAUUCUGCAUACGACAUUCCAGCAGUUGCAAACCUAUUGGAUCAAGUCCACGUCAUGACAUAUGAUUACCAUGGAGCGUGGGAACCUUACACUGGUUUAAAUUCACCACUCUUCUCUAAUCCUACGUUUGACAAAGGCAAUGACACUCUUUUGAACGCGGAUUGGACUAUCAACUACUGGAUCUCGAAUGGUGUACCUCGAUCGAAAAUCAUCAUGGGUAUGCCGCUUUAUGGUCGCGGAUUCGUCUUGAAUAAUGCCGCCGUGAAUGGUUUCUACGCUCCAGCCGCUCUCCCCAUUCCCGAGGGCCCGUAUACAAGACAAAAUGGCACUUGGGGAUAUAACGAGAUUUGCGAGAAGUUUGCAUCCGAAUCUGGAUGGGUAGUUGUACGCGAUCUUUGUUACCAGACCCCCUAUGCAUACAGAGGAAGCCUCUGGAUAGGAUACGACGAUAAGCAGUCACUGAAGACAAAGGGUCAAAUGGUCGCUGCCAUGGGUCUUGGCGGUGCACUUAUUUGGGAGAUGGACACGGACGACUUCCGCGGUCUUUGUCAUGGAACACCAUUCAUUUUAACCAAGGCAAUUAUCGAAGGAAUGAAUGGACCCGAUAAUCUUAUGCCGGUUUCAUGCUCUGGCACAACCACAAGUACCACCACAACUACAACUACAACUACACCUACCACAACGACUACACCGACCACAACGACUACACCUACCACAACGACUACACCUACCACAACUACACCUACCACGACUACAACUACAGCUACCACAACUACAACUACGCCAACUACAACUACAUCUACGACAACUAAAUCUACGACAACUACACCCAUCACAACCACAUCUACAACAACUACCAGCACAACAACGACGACUGCUAAGACUCCCACAACAACCCCAUCAACAGUAUCAACGCACCCUCCAAGCUACUAUUGCAAAAGACAAGGCUAUAAUGCUGAUCCGGAUGAUUGCGGCGUCUUUCAUCAAUGCGUUUAUUAUGAAGAAACUGGAUGGCAAGAUUUUGUUCGACCUUGUGCCCUCGGAACAGUUUUCAGCGAAAGCUUGUACACGUGCGCCCAACCAGAAUUGGUUCCCGAAUGUGAAUUCUACUACGUAACGAAAACAAAAUAGUCAACGAACAAUCACAAUUAAGACAACCAUUCUGUUGCUAAAUAUUUUUUUAUGGUCGUUUUCUUCAUUCCUUUCAACUAUGAUUAUACUGCAGAUGCUUUUUAGAAAAAUACACCCGUAUAUCCUAUAGCGGUGGUGGAUUAAUGCGUGAAACGGAUCAUACUCGUAUGUACACCAAUAAAGAAAUGCAGAUUGAAAA